AUGACCCCUUACAUAUACUGCAGCGAUGACUCUUCACUUGACGAGUUUAAUGGUGAAGAUCCUGUUGUUGGUGACUCUGGGACUGUCGAAGAGUCUGGCCUCAAAGAAUUGCAUGCAGACCCCAAUGACUGCGACAGUGGUUAUGUGAACAAGGAAAAGGUGGUCAGUGAGGGCCUUAACGACAACAGCGUUGAGAUACCCAGUGUUAUCAAAGACGGCAUUCGUCAGGGUGGUUUCUCUUACGAUCCAAUCGACCUCGGCGGACCAAGUUUUCGCCUCCUGCGCCUUCUGAAAGGCCGCGAUCCAUUAAUCCCAUGCGAAUUGUUUACAGCACGCUUGCAAGACCGGGAGAGGGUGAUAUCUUAUGAGUCAAUCUCCUACGUCUAG